AUGGGAUUUCCUCUUGUCCUUGCAUCAGUUAUUAUUAUUUAUUUCAAUGAAGCCUUUUCACCACUUGUACGAACUGUUCACAGUGUGAUAAAUCGAUCACCACCUGAAUAUCUCAAAGAGGUAAUCUUAUUAGAUGACUGUAGCACUCGAGAUGAACUUGGAGAUCAUUUAAAAAAUUAUAUAGCAGAAACCUGGCCAGAUAAUAUAGUUAGAAUUGUGCGUACAGAAGAACGUUCUGGAUUGAUCCGGGCUCGUGUAGCUGGUGCUCAAGCAUCUAAAGGGGAUGUACUUAUAUUCCUUGAUGCUCAUUGUGAGGCCAGCCCUGGAUGGCUUCAGCCUCUUUUGGCUCGUAUCAAAGAGGAUCCGAAAGCAGCACUUUGCCCUGAGAUUGACAACAUUGAUCAAGAAACCCUGAAUUAUGGUGCCACAGGGAGCUUUUCUGUGGGGGGGCUUGUUCCAAUUGUUUCUCGUAUCAAAGCAGACCACACAGUAGUUCUAUGUCCCAUGGUGGAUGUUGUAAAUGAAACCACCUUGGAAUAUUCUUCAUAUCCUGGCUCUGUGGCUGGUGGAUUUACCUGGAGUUUAUAUUUUAUCUGGCAAAAGUUACCACACUUUGGUCCAAAAAAUUUUAGAUCUCCUACCAUGGCUGGGGGCCUUUUUGCUAUUGAUCGCAAUUUCUUCUUUGAAAUUGGUGCUUAUGACACUGGUAUGGAAAUCUGGGGAGGAGAAAAUUUGGAAAUCUCAUUCAGGAUAUGGAUGUGUGGUGGUUCUCUUGAGUUUGUUCCUUGUUCCAGAGUUGGGCAUAUAUUCAGAUCAUCACAUCCUUAUGGAUUUCCAAGUAAAAAAGAUUAUCAUGGAAUCAACUCAAUGCGAUUGGCUGAAGUUUGGAUGGAUGAAUAUCGGCGCCUAUUCUAUAUGCACAGACGGGAUUUACUGGGCAAAGACUAUGGUGAUAUAUCUGAACGAAAAGCUUUAAGACAAAACCUAAAAUGUAAGAGUUUUAAAUGGUACUUGGAUAAUGUUUAUCCUGAAAAAUUCAUUCCUGAUGAAAAUGUUCAUGCUUGGGGAAUGGUUAGGAAUCCAGCCACUAAUUUAUGCUUGGAUACUCUUGGAGAAGAUGAAAAAAAAAGUUUUCAUAUUGGUGUUUUCUCAUGCCAGAAUGGUAUCAGUGCCAACCAGGUCUUUUCAUUAAGCUUAAAGAAUCAGUUGAGACGAGAGGAGGGUUGCCUUGAGAUUUACAAAAUUGGUGAUAAGCCAAUGCUUUAUUCUUGUGACAGUCAUAAAUCAAAUCAACAAUGGAUAUAUUUCAAAUCCAAUGGUACAUUAGUCCAUAUUAAGACCGGUGCUUGCCUUGACAGCACAAGGAAUGGACAGCAUGUCAGCACCAAGAAAUGCUCCAAAUCAGAUACACAGAAAUGGGCUUUUGAACAUUACUUGGAUAUAUGA